CCCUAUCCAGUGCUUUGCCGAGAGCCGGAGCCCAGCCUGGAGAGGGCUGCCCUGCCCCAGGUCCCAGCCCCAAGGAGGAAGCCGUGGCAAAGACACCUCUUCAGAUCUAGCAGCCGGUGGGGGCUGUGUCCUCACACACCUCCCUGGUCUCUCCGACAGCUCUAAUGGUACCAAAGUGACAGGCCAGCCUUCCUGAGACACGGGGACCCAGAGCUCCUGAGAAGAUGUCAGCAAUACAGGCCGCCUGGCCAUCCGGUACAGAAUGUAUUGCCAAGUACAACUUCCACGGCACUGCCGAGCAAGACCUUCCCUUCUGCAAAGGCGAUGUGCUCACCAUUGUGGCCGUCACCAAGGACCCCAACUGGUACAAAGCCAAGAACAAGGUGGGCCGUGAGGGCAUCAUCCCAGCCAACUAUGUCCAGAAACGGGAGGGCGUGAAGGUCGGCACCAAGCUCAGCCUCAUGCCAAACCUGGGGAAGGCGUGGAUCCAAACCAAACUCCCCGCCAUCGAGCAGCCGGACCUUAUGGGCCUGUUCUUGGUGCGGGAGAGCACCAACUACCCCGGGGACUACACGCUGUGCGUGAGCUGCGACGGCAAGGUGGAGCACUACCGCAUCAUGUACCACGCCAGCAAGCUGAGCAUCGACGAGGAGGUGUACUUCGAGAACCUCAUGCAGCUGGUGGAGCACUACACCUCAGAUGCAGACGGCCUUUGCACCCGACUCAUCAAACCGAAGGUCAUGGAGGGCACGGUGGCGGCCCAGGACGAGUUCUUCCGGAUGGUGGACUAUCUGCGGUCUCGGGGACGGUCGGUGCUGGCUGGAGACAGUCUCCUGAAGUUCUCGCUAGACGUCUGCGAGGCCAUGGAAUACCUGGAGGGCAACAACUUUGUGCACCGGGACCUGGCCGCCCGCAACGUGCUGGUGUCCGAGGACAACGUGGCCAAAGUCAGCGACUUCGGCCUCACCAAGGAGGCCUCCAGCACCCAGGACACGGGCAAGCUGCCGGUCAAGUGGACGGCCCCCGAGGCCCUGCGGGAGAAGAAGUUCUCCACCAAGUCCGACGUGUGGAGUUUCGGAAUCCUCCUCUGGGAGAUAUACUCCUUUGGGCGAGUGCCUUACCCAAGAAUUCCCUUGAAGGACGUCGUCCCUCGGGUGGAAAAGGGCUACAAGAUGGACGCCCCCGACGGCUGCCCGCCCGCCGUCUACGAGAUCAUGAAGAACUGCUGGCACCUGGACGCCGCCGUGAGGCCCUCCUUCCUGCAGCUCCGCGAGCAGCUGGAGCACGUCAGAGCCCACGAGCGGCACCUGUGACCGCCCACCCAGGCUGUGCGGCUGGACCUGCAGGGACUUGGGGCCUGCUGCCCUGCUCCUGGGCCCCAACCGGAACUGAGCCCCAGCAGGCCGGGGGCUUCCUUCCUCCGCCCCAGCCCGCACCUCCCCCGCUCCGGUCCCUCAGGGACCCCGCCUGGGCGGGGCGCCUUCUCAUGGACCCACUGAAGAGGCCAAGAAGGCAGGAGACAGAGGAGCGGGAGGCAGGUGCCCGCCCCGUGGCCAGCACCCCCCGCCCCGAGCCUCCCAUGUCUCGCCUUCUAGAGUUUUAUUCCUUUCAGAUUUUUUUUUUGAGAUUUUUUUUCCCGGUGUGUUUAUUUUUUAUUAUUUUUCAAGAUGAGAAUAGAAAGUACCCAGCUCAUGGGCAUUUUACAAGAAGUACGAAUCUUAUUUUUCCUGUCUGCCCAUAUGGGGAGGUGGGAGGGCACCAGCCCCUCUCUCGGGGAGCUACAUCCCACCCGUGUCCCAGCCCCAUGUCGCGUGUCCCGUGUCGCCUCGGCCGCCCGCCCACCCAUGCUUGAGCUUCACCGUGUUACACUGUCUGCAUGCGCCCAGGCAGCCGUCGUCAGGGGCUUGGAUGUCGUGUCCCGCUGCCACCGCCCACCUGCCUGUGAGAUGGAAUUGUAAUAAACCGCCCCAUGAGGACA